UGAGAGACGAUGGAGGAUGGGAGCUUAGAGAAAAGCUAACAGGAGCAGGGUUGGAUUGCGUCAGAAUUGUUUCAUCAACUACCCAAGUGUUCCUCUAUGUCGCAGAGGUUGAGCCGUCGGAGUGGGGAAGACUAAACAAAUGUUGCAGGGUCGAUAGGUCAGAGUGAGUGGAGAAGAGGGAAGAAGAAAGAACUGAAGAAUCUUCCUUCACAACGAGAAUUCAUGAGCGCCCUAAGUGCCAUAGCGUAUAUGUUACUUGACAUUUUUUGUAUUAAAUCUAAAUCCUCCCUAUUAGAAAGGAACUCAGUGUUUUGUCUCCCUCCUUUUGAACGUUCUUGUCCUCUUAUAAUUCGAGAAAUGGCAGUUUUUGUCUUUGAGUAUUCAUUAAAAAUUCAGAUAUGCAUGGCAAUCUUUAAUCAUUCGCUAGGUCUUUGUCUUGGGCUUUUAAUUGGAUUUUGGUCUCAUAAUUAAUUUAUGGUAUCUUUUUUCUAAUUUGGAGUUUUGAAAUUGGAAUUUUGAAAUCUUGUUUUUUCUCUCUCCAUCCUUCAUCUCUCUAGCACUUUUCGUGUGCUUUCAGCUGAUCGAUCACGGUAGUCACAGUCAGGGCCUCGUCGGGCACCAUUGAUGACAGUCGGUCCUUGGCAUCUUUGUUCGGAGUAUCUUCUAAUAGCUUCCUCGAUUACCACAAGUCAGAGGUCGUUAAUGGUUCGUUGUGUAUCCCUCGUUCAAUGCAUACUAGAUACCACCUUGCUCGUGAUUUCAUUGAUUGCUAACGUACUAAACAUCUUUCAACAAGACAGUCCCAGGGGGCACAAAUCUCGAUGAUGAGUCCUUUGCAUAUAUCGCAUUAUGCUAACUCAUCCUUUCGACCAAGAGACAUAAUGGCUACUCAUUGUUCGAGUGCAUCAAACUUGGCAUCCAACUGAACUUCUAGAGUACUAGUGGGUCCACUAACCUCGUGUAGUCCUCCUCUUCUUUGGCUACUCUUCUCACUGCCCAUUCAUUUUCAUCCGAGCAUAUCCUCUCCACCAAAUCAUAGGAUUUUGUAGGUUUCAUGCUCGUAAAAUCUCUGUAAGAAACCUUCUUAAGGGCUUCCCUAAAUUCUCUUAUGAUCCCAUUAAAGAAGAUAGUAAUCAUAUUACAUUCUUCUUAAGCAUGGUUGGGAAUUUUCAUAAGAUCCCCUCAUAGGAUUGACAUGCCUUGAUCAAGCUCUCAUUGUCUACAUGCAUGAAAUCCAUUAUCUCGUUUUGAUGUUUUAUUGCCUUUGUAAGAGGAAAAUACUUGUUGAGAAAAGGUUUCUUGAGUUGAGCCCAUUUGGUGAUUGAACGAGGUGCCAGGUUUUGGAACUAGAAUGUUGCAUUCCCCAACAAAUAUAAUGAGAAAAUGUGGAGGCGAAUUACAUCAUCGGAUACGUCGGGGGUUCUUCAUCGUUUCAAAAUAUGCUCAGAAACAACCUAAGAUGGUCGUGUGGGUCUAUUGUGUUGGCUUCGAGAAUGUAUUCCCAUUAGUGAUCAUAUUGACGAACAAGGAAGUGAUAUCAAGGUUGGCAUUCUCAACAGGAAUGACAACCCCAGAAGCUCGAGGUUUUCAUCACAAACUUAUCUCAUGUUUAUAUACUUUCUUGGUAUCAUAUUAUUUAGUUCAUAUCAUGGUAUUUUGUAUUUCAUAGUAAUUCAUAUUUAAACAAUAUAUGCUCGUAGAAAACAUAAUUUUGUGGUCGGGCUUCGGGAUGAUAAUGGGGAUUGGGUUACUGACGAGAGAGGAAAGGUGGAUAUAGCCACUAAUUUCUACCCAACUCUCUUCACCUCUGAAAAACAGGUGAUUAACAUGGUCGAACGAGUGGCUGCUCUCCCCAUAGCUCGGAAUGUGACCGAUGAGAUGAAUGUCGACCUUACAAGGGUUGUCCUUCCUUGUGAAAUCCGACGAACGGUUUUCAAAAUGGGAUCCACUCAAGCCCCAGGAUCGGAUGGUUUCACUAGUAAAUUUUUCAAGACCUGCUGGCACAUUGUUGGCGAGUAUGUGGUCAAUGUUGUUUCUUCCUUUUUUACAACAAGCAGAUUGUUGAAAAUCUUUAAUCACACCUGGCUAACGUUGAUCCCAAAGGUGGACAAUAUGGAAAAUAUUAGGCAGCACCGACCAAUAAGCUUGUGUCGGUUUGUUUAUAAAAUUAUUACGAAAAUUAUGUCGGAAAGACUGGCUUGCAUCUUACCGCAGAUCAUUUCUGAUGGACAGAAUGCUUUCAUAAAGGAACGACAAACUAUGGAAAAUAUCCUGUUAGGUCACGAGUUAAUGCAUUAUUUGAAAAUCAAAACGCGUGGGAAGAAAGGGUACAUGGAUUUGAAGGUUGACAUGGAAAAUGUCUAUGAUAGAGUCGAAUGUCAUUUUCUUCUUGCAGCUUUGGAUAAGGUGGGGUUAUCUCAACCUAGACAGGAUGAAUACAUGAAUGCCUUCGGUCGGCUUCUUUCUCGAUUUUGAUGAAUGGUACCACGACGGGUUUUUUCACUUCCUCAAGGGGUCUACGACAAGGUGAUCCGCUCUCCCCGCUCCUGUUUGUGAUUUUCAUAGAGGGGUUUGCGGCACUUCUUCGGAAAGCUAUCUCCGAGGGGAAGUUACAGGGGGUUAGAGUUUCCACUUGGGCACCAAGAAUAUCACAUAUGUUUUUUGAUGAUGAUUCUUAUUUAUUCCUCAGAGGAUCCCUGGAGGAAUGUGAACAAUUAAUUGAUGUUUUGAAUGAAUAUGAGGAACUUAGUGGCCAGAGGGUUAACUUGGCAAAGUUGGCGGUUUGUUUUAGUAAGAAUAUCGCAGUACCCGAUCAGGAGUUCUUGGCUAAGAUUCUAGGAGUUGGAGUUGUGGGUGUCCAUAAUAGGUAUUUGGGCUUGCCUUCUUUAAUAACUCAGUAAAAAAUGGCUAUGUUUCAUUACUUGGAGGAAAAGCUGUUGACCUGCUUGCAAGGGUGGAAGCAGCGGGCUUUGUCUUGGGUAGCUAAAGAAACUUUGAUUAAAUCGGCCGCUUUAGCUCUUCCUCUCCAUGUCAUGUCCUGUUUCAAAUUACCCCUCUCCCUAUGUCGUCUUUUCGACAAACAUGUAGCCAGAUUUUGGUGGGUGUUGAGGCGGGUCGGUCUAGGAUUCGAAGGAUGUCUCGGCGGAAUAUGUGCCGGAGUAAGCAUGAUGGAGGAAUGGUGUUUCGUCGCUUUGAGCACUUUAACCAGGUGCUCCUUGCAAAAAUUGGUUGGCGCAUACUUAAUGAGCCACAGUCGCUCCUAGCCCAGGUAUACAAAGGCAAGUACUUCUCGACUAGGACUUUCCUUACGGCUACUGCCCGCUCCCGCCCGUCUUGGGGGUGGCAGAGUAUCCUCCAUGGUAGGCAGUUGUUGGAGUUGGGAUUACGCUGGCAAAUCGGUAAAGGGCAGAAGGCGUCGUUGCUACGUUCCAGCUGGAUCCCUGAUUUACAUCCCCAUCCGCCUGUUUAUAAUCCUCAAGUGUUGCCCGAUGAGGGAGACAUGCAUGUGGCGGAGGUGUUGUAUCAAGGGGAGGGGCGCUGGUGUGACUCUAAACUCAACCAGUGAUUUUCCCCAUCUACAUGUCGUGCCAUUCAAGCAAUUCCUCUUACUCGGGACCCGGUGGAAGAUAAAUUGAUAUGGCAUUACACGGCGGAUGGAGUCUUUUCGGUAAAAUCGGCUUACCAUUUUGCUGUCUUGUUAGAUCAACAAAGGGGUAGAUGGAGAUCCAUUGCUAGUUGGAUGGACCGUUCCAGUUGGAUCCACAUAUGGGAUGCGCCUCUUCCCCCGAAAUUGAAGGUGUUUGUUUGGCAGGUGUUAAACAGAAAUCUUACUACAAUGGAGGCUUUGAUUGAAAAAAAAGGUAGCGGUACCUCCUCGAUGUCCCAUCUGAUGGGCGGAUUCGGAAAUGAUGGAGCAUUUAUUUCUUGCUUGUCCGGUGGCUAGGGCCUUGUGGGAUCAUUCGGGACUUGAUUAUCUUGGUCAAGGACUGCCUAGAGACACUUUUCCCCUUUUCCUGAAGAAACUGAUGUCACGUCUCAAUCAACCUCAGUUGGUCAUGGCGCUUGCUGCUCUCCUUUGGAGGAUCUGGCGAUCAAGAAACAGGGUUGUCUUUGAGGGCAAGCAGUUUGGGAUUGCAGCUCUUAUGCGUCAGUUCCAUCAGCAAUGUCAGGAGUGGGAUUCUAUACAUGUUGAUCCUGUUAUUCUCCCUUUGCACUCAUUGUCCAAUUCACUGGAUGUGGUGCAGUCUGCCGCGAUUGUCUGCAGAUGGGAUGGGGCGACGAAGAGUGGGUCUCAUUCGGCGGGCGAUUUGGUUGUUCUUAGUCAGGAUGGAGCAGUAUGUUUGGCCAAGGGGGUUCAGUUCCCGAUGAUUGAUGACCACAAGGUUGUGGAGUUGCUAGCGCUCCGUGAAGCGAUCCACUGGUGCCUUGAUCGGGGUUUUUCUGCAGUUUGCUUUGAAGAUGAUGCCCAGGUAAUCAUUGAGAGGAUUCACCAUGCGGACACGCGGGACAAUUGAGUAGGGGUUGUUCUCGAGGAAAUUGUGCAGUAUUUUGCUGGAAAUAGUGGCUUCAGUGCAUGGUUUGUAAGUCGAAGUAGCAUUAGGGUAGCCCAUUUGGUGGCUAGAAAGGCCCUUACAUUGUACCCGACUACAAGUCGUUCGUUUGAUUUUCUGGCCUAACUUAAUUCCAGGAUGUAACUAUCUUUUCCGAUCAAUAUAAUUGAUAUCUUUUC